ACGCCUACUGGUUCCACCACCACUACAUACAUAGAUGUUCUCGCGGUUGUUUUCACAGCGUCUCCGGAGCUGUGGUAAAACGAUGAUGAGUUCACAGCUGACACGUUUGCAACGCGCUAGGCUGUCGUCGCUCCCAUUGCGGUCUGCGACUAGCAACGCUCUCAUACCCAGACUAUCCCGGAGCCAUAGUAACUUCUUCGGCGGAGCGCCCUUGAACCGUCUGUCAUGGCUGCGACAGCAGCAGUCGUUCUUGAACAACCUCGUACCAUUACCGGAGACGCAAUGGCUCGUCUUCCACGAUGGACGACCGCUCGUCUCAACGGAGCGGGGCUCGAAAGCGCCAGCGCUCGCACGGCUGUCAACGGCCGACGUGCGAUCCCUACUAGGACCGGAGCCAUUUUUUGGUCAAGGACAGACUGUCGGCGGCCAGGCCGCAGCGAGCGACGUUGUCGCGUUGGAAGGGGCACGACUACGCGGACCUCCCAUCGUCUUUCUGGGACUGCAGGAGCCACCUUCGAGCGAGAGACGUGCGCUGCCUUCGUCGGAAUUCAUUGCGAAGGGUGAAUCUGGCCUUACGGACGUGUUCGCGAACAUUGAGGGUUCAGCGUAUUUCUCCUUGAAUGUCACCGACAUUGAUCAGCACACGCUGGAUGCAGCACUUCAGAAUUCGGCCGCUGGGAAGAGAGGAGCACAGUUGGCCUUCGUCGACCCCCGAUCUGCUAUGGGGGCCCUUGACUAUACCAGCGCGAAUAUCUUUGCAAUGGCUCGCUCUAUGCAUGAUUGGAAUUCGCGCAACAAGUAUUGCCCGUCUUGCGGCUCUCCAUCCUACUCCCAGUGGGCGGGAUGGAAGCUGGGGUGCUCGAGUCUUCUUCCCUGGGCUCAACAGACCGAAGGAAAGAAGCCUUGUGUCACAGCACAGGGACUUCAUAACUUCAGCCACCCUCGAACGGACAUGGUAGUCAUCGCGGCUACCGUCGAUCCCGAGAGGGAAAAGAUCCUGCUCGGACGCAACAAACGCUUCCCGCCGGGUUUGUGGUCCGUGUUGUCGGGAUUCAUCGAGCCAGGGGAAUCGCUCGAAGAUGCUGUCAAGCGCGAAACGUGGGAGGAGGCCGGACUAGAAGUGCAGGACGUGCAAUAUCAUUCCUCACAACCAUGGCCGUACCCCGCAACAUUGAUGGCUGGUCUUUACGCCGUUGCCGACUCGUCCAAACCGACGAGAACCGACCUGGACAACGAGUUAGAAGACGUACGUUGGUACUCCCGGGAGUACAUCUUGAACAUAUUGGAGAAGUAUGGAGCAACACAUCCGAGCAUGGAGAGAGAACGAUCGCCCGACGCACCAAUGAGCUUUCCGGACACAAAUGCCAUCGGGGGCGUUCUCAUCAGCGAGUGGGCGUAUGGUAAGGCAGGACAGGACGGGUGAAACCAGCUGUGCGCCACUGUCGCGGGACUCGACUUGCUUGCUGACAGCAUCAGCACACUGGUGGACUCGGCGGCGAGAAUGAAAAGCAUUUUCAGUAACGAUGACGGGUGCCGGUGAUCUAUAACAACGCCUUGUCAAUGUUUCGCAGCAAGUAGGCUCCUGUCGAGUCGCCGAGCUUCCGUUCUUGUCAAAAUCUUGUCCAAGUCCGAGUCGUGCAUAAGAAGCUCUGCUGAGAUUUCCGCCUUCCUAAGCCCCUGUUCAAGUUUGCACAAGCUUGAAGCUCUGUCAUGCGUCGCUGAACGGUGCGCAGCUUGUAGUCCGGAGUACAAGUUGAACAUAAUACAGCACGUUCGAAGUGGAGGUUCGAGCUGGCCACU